AUGGCUCGGCAUACAUUGACAUGUAUACUGCUGAUGGUUUACAAAGGAUCAUUGGUCGGCAAUGCUGCAACAACACCUGUUACAAACGUAUCUACACCUGUUACACACGUAUCUACCACACUUAUACCAGAUACGUUUUAUUACAAUUGCACAGAAGAAGGGGAUAUCCAUAUCAUCAAUGACGGCGGUUCCUUAACUAAUUUGACAAUUAAAUAUCUCAACCAAUCAGAUGUAGGCAACUGUACCGAUCCAGAGCUUCAGACAGAUGGGUCGUUUGUUCUUACAGAUUGCACAAAGAACACUACGGUCGAUGUCGUACUUGAGGUUACAAAUGGAUCAGACAUAAUCGGAGGACAUCAUUCUAAAUCCUUUCAAAUCAAAUGUGAGGAUGUCAAUAUCAAGCCGUACUACCUCAACGUAACAUUUGCUGCAAACGUCAGGAACGAAGUCAAAACUCAUGUAGUAAACAUGGCUACAAAACCUACACCUACUCCGAUAUCACAAUUAACAAUGACUAUCAAAGGUCAAAGUGGUACAGUACAGGAAGCAACCAUUGGUGAAGCCUUGACCAUCGUCAUAACGACCCCAGGAAAUGUUGAUAUCAAACCAACAGAAUGUAAGGCAACAGGAAAUGGAAAGGAAGAGACAUUGUGGAUUGAAGCAGGUUGUAAACAUGACGAAGAGUUGUUCGGAGAAAAGUGGACAAAAAAUGGAAAAGAUGUCACGAACACCAUAUACGGCUUCCGGUUUGUAGGCCCAUCAAAAAAAAUCAGUAUCACAUGCACCGUGCGCGUGUGUCCAGAGGGAUAUGGAGGACAUGAAUGUGAUCUGAGCCGAUGUUCGAAGACUAAAAGAAAGAGAAUCAACCACAUGUCAUCUGACAUAACCAUGACAAAAGCUACAACGUCAUUAACCAUUAAAGAUACAAUGCUGACCAGCGUGACCAGUGGGGCAGGACGCCUUGGAUUUGAAAUGAUCAACACCAUGGCGUUCUUUGUGGCAGCCUUUGCAAUCCUGACCGUAAAAUUCAUUAAGGAGUGA